UCAUGAGCUUGACAUAUGCAGCAAAUGGUUACACUUUUUUCUUUACAAUUCUAAAUUAUGAUUGGCCAUACUUAACUACAUAUUAUUCAAUGUACUAAAACUUGACAGCUUGUAUAUUGUAUUAUUUGUGUUUAUUAAUUUAACUUUAAAUCCAGGCGAUGUUCACAUCAAGUUACAAUGAAGAUUUCAAAUGGCCAGAAGCAACUGGCUGGGGUGUCAAGAAAUGGCCUAAAGAUAGACAUUUUGAAGUUGGGGAUACAAAAGGAAUUGAUCCUGUAUACAGAAAUAAUGAAACAUUGACACAGUUAUCAAGAGAUUGUUUGACACCCUUCGACUUUUUAUUACAACCAAAACCGAUUGUUCAAACUGACCCACGUCAACCGCUUAUUAAACCGGACCUACCACAAGAUGAUGGACGUGCCCGGUUAACUCGCCCCCGAGUCUACAAAUGUCCAGAAAUCUCCCUUGACGACAUCAAUGAUCCCGAGAUACGAGAGAAGGUCAUUGACUUCACGUACUCUACAACAUGGGGAGUAGCAAGCAAAGAUACAUGUGGUGUGAUGAAGAGACAGGAUAUACCAAACAAAGCAAGCAUAGGAAAGCCAGAAGGGAAAUUAGCAUUAGGAAGGCCCAAGAAGAGAUGGUGGGAUAGUGUCUGCAACGAUGUUGGAGAAGUUGGGGCAGAAGUGGAGGAGCUAGAAGAUAGAGAGAGAGAUGGAGAGUAUUAA